CAAAGGUUAGAUUUUGUCACGCAUUAGUAAAUAACGUGAACUUUUUGAAGAAAAGAUGUUUCACAAAGUUAUUAGAAUAUUAUUUCGUUCCGGCAAAUCAUUGCAAAGUUGUUCACGACAUAAUAUAAGCUGUGCAAGAGUAUGCAUUUCCAACCCAUGGAUUCAAAAUUACUCAAUAAGUGCUUCACCUAACCUAUCAUCUGGCUACAUGGAUGUCAGUGGUGUUAAUUUACAUUAUAUGAAAGUGGGACGGGGAGAUCAUCCGAUAUUGCUCAUGCCUGGAGCCCUUGGGUCAGCGACAACAGAUUUUGGUCCUCAGCUGAUGGGGGGAUUUGAUGCUGAUACUUACACAGUCAUAGGCUGGGAUCCACGAGGGUAUGGAAAGUCAAGACCACCCGACCGAACCUUCCCAUUGGAAUUCUACCAAAGAGAUGCUGAUGAUGCAAACAGUUUGAUGCAGGCAUUGGGGUAUGAAACAUUCUCAGUGCUUGGCUGGAGUGAUGGUGGUAUUGCUGCUCUGAAGCUAGCAUCUCAACAUCCGCAAAAUAUGAGAAAAUUAGUCAUCUGGGGUGCAAAUGCAUUUGUAGCACAAGAAGACUUGGAUAUGUAUGACAAAACUAAAAACAUUAAUGACUGGAGCCAGAGGAUGAAGCAGCCAAUGAUAGACAUGUAUGGUGAGGAGUAUUUCCAACAGACCUGGCUUGGAUGGGUCGAAGGUAUAACAAAUAUAUACACUGAGAACAAAGGAGACCUUUGUAGCAAACAAGUGCGUAAGAUACGAUGCCCCACUUUGAUAUUGCAUGGAGAAAAAGAUCCCAUGGUACCAAAAAUACAUCCAGGAUUUCUUCAACAGAACAUUAUGGGCUCAAGGUUAAUUAACUUUCUGGAUGGAAAGCAUAACAUCCAUCUGCGAUAUGCGAAGGAAUUCAACAAACAUGUGGAUGUCUUCUUGCGAAAGUAAGACUCUAUAAUCAAUAAAAGCAACAUUAUGUGGUCACUUGUAAAACAUUUUUUUAAAAUAUAUUAUUCAAUUAUUUUAUUCACUCAUUUGAUAUGCAAAAACAUUACAUUACAUUAUACAGUGUGGUGAGAGGAACACUGAAGCAAAGCUUGUUAAGUAAAAUUUGUUCCUCCCGCGAGACUUAUCUACAAUAGUUUAAAGAAAAAGGAAUAAACUAAUAAAUAACUCAACAAUAUUUUAAAAUAACUUGUUUUCUUUAUUUUUUAGCUCCGAUGAGGAGCUCUAGAAACACUCGACUGAUUGAUUAAUAGAUCUUUUUUGUAUGGUAGUCCCUAGAAACACUCGGCUGAUAGAUUAAUAUACGUUUUUUGUAUGGGCGGCCCUUAGGGCCAAUAUUAUACUCUACCGCCUCUAUUAUACUGCCCUCAUCAGAGCUUUCAGGAUUACCAGAUCUUGUUUGUUGUAAACUUGUGGAAAAUGUUGCCAAAUUUUCCUUAGUGAGUUCUAUGUAAGUGUUGCCUGCUACAUCUUUACAUGGGAAGGUGCAUAGGAUUAGCACACAAGAGAUAACAUUUAUGUAAGGAAUGCCAACAUAUUUUCUUUCAUUGCCUACACAUCCAACAGCAAGUGAAUAACCAAUUACAGGAUGGAAAUUAAGAUACUCAUAAACAAGAGGCUCUACACAAUCUAAUUCUCAUUUAAUUCUCAUUAUGAGGCUUAAGCUGUUGUAUGCCAGUUUAUAUUCGUGAUGUGCCUAUAUAUGGUCAUCAAGUGAUGUCAUCAUGACCAUAUUUAGGCAUGUCACAUGUUUUUGUCAAAUAAAAUUUAAUAGUCUACCAAUCACUUUGAUUGGAAAUUGUUAUCUUUGUUGGUUAUGAAUAAACUAAAAGAAUAUACAAGGAAU